CCCAACUCGUUAGCUUCGCGUGCACAACGUUGCGCCAUCACGACUCAGCGCAGAAUUUGAUAAGAAAUUUGACAACACUUAAGAUUGACCUGCUGGAGUUUGAUGAACUUAAGUACAGACCUCGAUUUACACUCGCAUAUUCACGCCGCCCUUCAUACUUAUUAUAGCUACAGAUUAACGCAUUUACCUACGUGCGAACAAAGUAAACGUUUCGAGAUUCUCCAUAGCAUGGACAGCAUCUUCCUGCACUAAUACCGAUACAACAUCCCCUAGCAUACUUACGCCUAGCGUCAUCUCGAUCGUUGCUGACAGCUCACACUGCAAGCAUCACUGUCCCGCCUUGAAGACGUACUUGAUCGCUGCAAUGACAAGUGAAGAUGAUACACUGAACUUCUCCUACGCCUUUGGCGACGCGCCGUCGUGGAAUCCUGCCCUUCGCCCAGAUCUCGAAAGCCCCCAAAAAUCCGCCAUCGAUUACCCCCAGGUCGACCAUCCAGUGGAUGCACACGAGAAAGAAGAUGAUGAGCUUGUAAACGCAGGUCCGACUCAGGGGAUGCACUCACUGCCAUCUCAAGCUCAACUUAAGGGCGACCCCUCCCCAUCUUAUGACGACUUUAACCAGCACGGCCAGAUGGAACCGUCGCCAGUGGAGCCCAUUCAAGCCAAUGCAGCGGCAGAGGAAACACAUAACACCGGGAGUGCUGACUCCACAGAAGUUGCCGAUGGAUCUUGGGAUGAUGCUACAGCUGACACUCUCAUUAAUGGUAUCAGGCUGGAGCCUAUCCAUGCCAUUGCCGGCAAGCAUGCUCCCAAAUCUGAGCACGAAAUUGCGGAUCAGCCUGCUACAUUGCAGCAACACACGUAUGAGCUUAAGAACGACCCAUCCGGCAUCAUGGAGGCUUUGCCAGACAGUUCAAAGGAAAAUGUGAUGGCGGAAGAGACUUUGACAGAAGAGGUUUGGGGCGGGUCGGAGGAGUGGCAGAUCGAAACGCAGAGGGAUUUGCAACCUAUCGGACCAUCUGCAAUCGAGCACACGUUCAAUUUCGAUGCCGAAGACAUUCAGAUCACACAACUCGAAGCCAAGGGGCGGAAGCAGCAGGCAGCCUCUGCGGACGUAUUCUGCACCCAAGAGAAUACUUUACCCUUGCGAGAAGCAUACUCUUCCGCCAGUAUCGGCCAUGCUGUGGCGGUGGCGGCCAAUUCACGGCAGGAUGGGCUCAAGGCUGAGUUUGAGACAACCACGGUUCCACAUACUACGAAAGAAUCCAGCGAAGACGAGUGUGUUGUGACCGGUGACGAAGCAAAAGCUUUUGACCUCGAAACUAAAGAAAAGCUCAUCACAGAUAUGCCAUCAGUGACAGCAAAAUCAGAGGCUAAGGCCAUGACAGAUGAUGACGUCGCCGAUCCCUGGGCAGACGUGGCUGAGGACAACGAUUUUUUAAUAGAAGAUCCCGUGGCUGCUUUCAACUUUGAUGUCAAUGAUGGCGAGAGUUUUCUUGACGAUGGUGUCACAGAACGCGCACCCAUAGCUCCUAUAAAGAAUCGCCAUGUGCGAGCCUCUUCUGUGUCGAAAUACACGCCUGCCAACGUUCCUCAGUCCGGCCUACCGCCUCCAUCAAGGACCACGUCCUAUCGUCCAGAUGCUCCAAGUCUUGUCGAUUUGUCAAAAUCACAGCAAGAGUCCGUUUCAAUUCCUCGUGUUUCAACGUCGUCGCCAUACACAUCAGCUUACCAGGGGCCAAGAACACAAGGGCCACCAGUAGCUGCGGCUGAGAGUUUUGCAGACAAGGCAAAGGGUGGCUAUCAUUCACCUUAUGAUCUUCCAGAUGACUUGACCAUAAGACGCAAACGCCCUGUUGUUCACCACACACAAUCCUCUACGCAACCGGUCCUACACAAUGCUCCUCCUACGAAGCUAAGCGGAAUGCUGAGUAUGCCGUUCAGAGGACCGCCAAAACAGCACUCGGCAAUGGGCCCGUCAUUGUACACUGACUCUCCCAUUCCAGCGCGGGGCCAGUUCAGAGCGGCGUCUGCAGCUCAGCCCACCAGAUCUGUGAGCCACAAUGAAGAUUUUUCCGCCGAUCUACAAGUAGCCCAACGAGCACUACCCCAGGUUACUCCAUCCAAGGCAUACAGCCAACUGCCCGGGGUCCAAAUGGUCCCGCCGCUAUUAGGCCCGCCUGCGACUUUUAGAGCUUCGCCAGCCUCGUAUUCACCCCUACAGUCAUCGUUAGAACGGCCGUUGCCAGUCGACCAGUUUACACAUGGCCAGUUGCAACCGGCGGAAAAGAUUCCACUUUAUACCGAAAAUUCCCAGCCACUACCACGAGCAACGACUGUGGCCCCUCCAGCUAGCUCUAGAUAUUCUCCGGCAGCUCCUCCUGUCUCAAAGUCAAGCUAUUAUCCGGCGGCGCCGCCAACCCCCGCUGGCGCCUGCGGAUCUCACUACUCGCCUGCUUCUGGAGGGAGGCACGAUCUAAACGCGACGCCUCGUGAAUCAAGUGACGCCCCUCUCGUUCUGCCUCGAGCGCAGGCUCCGUUUUAUGCCCCGCGCAAUUCAAGUCCUCUUGCGUAUCACUCGCGACCAUUGCAAGACCAAUUCAUUGUUGCAUCACCACAGAGCGAUGCACAGUCAUCUGCAGCAGGCAAGUCUAAUUUGAGCAGAAUGGGAAGCAUCGUAUCAAUGUCAGCGCUCGAGACAGUGGACGAGAACGUAGAACCAACUCGAAGUACUCGAAAUCAACCUGACGCCUCACGGCACACACCUCGGCCGAGCAGCCACAACAGCACCCCGCCGCCGAGAAGUCAAUCAUCUUCCAUUCUCAGCUCACCCAGGAAACGAGCACAAUAUAUACCGGCUAACUAUCAGCCACUGACGGUAUCAUCGGAUCAGCCAAUUAUGCAACCAAAGCGGCCUCAGACGUCGUCCCCAACUGCCCCCAUGAAAUUAUCGAAUCUUCGAGGUGUAAAUCUGGAUCGCCCGGCUUUCUCUACGCCCUCAGGGAGCUUGAUACAUGCCUCGCUUGCCAAUCCACUCAAUCGCAUGCAGUCUUCGCUAGGAGGUCCAUCAUACCACGAGAUGAACAACCUGAUGCAGCCUAGUGACGACUGUGCACAUGAUCCGCUCCAAAGGUGGAAGGGUGCCCCAAUAUUUCACUGGGGCAAUGGAAAUUCGAUUGUAUCUACUUUCCCCAGAUAUGCACCAAUGUAUGAUACUGGAUCCUCGGGGCUGGUGGUGAAGCCUACACCCGGCGAGAUCAAAAUCGGCAUCGUCAACACCGUUUGUCCGCAGUCUGAUAUUUUCUUGAAAUUUCCCGGUCCGUUGAAGAAGGGGAAGAAGAAGGAACUUGUCGCUUGGCUUAAAGCUAGUAUAAACCAAAUUGAGGCCGAGCACAAGAUGGCGAGCAUGAACGGCGAGCUUACGACGGCUAUGCACAAGCGAAGUGAAGAGCGCAUUUUACUGUGGCGCAUCAUGAAUUUGCUUGUCGAGCAUGAUGGUACCUUGGAGGGAACCCCGGCCGUGGAGGCUGCUGUCCGAGCCCUCCUUACUCCGUCUCUUCAUGAUACUGUUCCAGCAGCCGAUGACUUGGAUGCUUGUCGUACAAAUAUGCAACCGGAGGCAUUCGAUCCCCAGGCUGUCAAGACGAUGCGGUUACAUCUUUAUGCCGGCGAGCGUGAGAAAGCUGUCUGGCAUGCCGUGGACCAGCGGCUUUGGGCGCAUGCCCUACUCAUUGCGUCGACACUAAACGAGAAGGAAAUAUGGAAACAGGUAGUGCAAGAGUUUGUCCGCAAGGAAGUCCGCAGGAUCGGCAAAAACACGGAGGCUCUGGCUGCGCUAUACCAAGUAUUUGCCGGAAACUGGGAGGAGAGCAUAGACGAGCUUGUCUCCGUGUCGGCGCGCUCUGGCUUCCAGAUGGUCAGCACUACUAGCGGUAGUUCUCAUCAAAAGGAUGUAUUGGCUGGUCUAGACAAGUGGCGUGAAACACUGCUACUUGUAUUGAACAAUCGGAGUACAGGAGACGCUGCAGCCCUGACUUCCCUUGGCAACUUGCUGAAUGGUUAUGGAAGGAUUGAGGCUGGGCACAUUUGCUAUCUUUUUGCCCGAGCAAACGCUAGGUUUGGCGGUGCUGAUGACCAGCAUUCUCACUUCAGCCUGAUUGGAGGUCAUGCCUUUCAACAGGGCUCGGACUUCGGUCAUAGUCUCGAUACAAUCCUCCUCAGCGAGACAUACGAGUUUGCGAUGAUGUCGAACAGCGCUCCGACGCUGCCAAUGCCUCAUUUGCAACCUUACAAACUGUAUCACGCCGAAGUGCUUGCUGAAGCUGGCAAGAGAAUGGAGGCACAGCAAUACUGUGAUACAAUCAUGAACAUUGUUACGACCAAAGCAAACCGAUCUGCCUACUACAAUCCGCAAUUCAUGCGUUGGCUGGACGAUUUUGCCAGAAGAUUGUCCCAAGCACCAGCGGGUAAAAGCGAGUCGUCGUGGAAACCUAGCAUUGACAAGGUCUCGAGCUCGAUCUGGGGCAAGUUCAAUGACUUUAUUGCCGGGGAUUCAGACACGUCAGAGAGCACAAAUCUGGCUUGUGGUAUUCCAGACAGCUUUACACCCAUACCAAUGCAGAUUCCUUCCCAGAUGCCGCUGAAUGGCAGGAGCAUCUCGGGCUCGAAUGUGUAUAGUAGUCACCAGCCAAAUGAAUAUGCCAACUGGAACCCUGCAAUCAACCCGAGUUUUCGAUACGCACCAGGCAACAACACAUUUACUCCAAGGUCGUCAUCGGAGCAGCAAAGGCUGAAAAACACACCGCAAUCGCAGUCGGCGUACGAGUUAAAAGCGUCCAUGGAUUCAAGCAAGGGCUCAUACGAGCCACACUCUUCCACCGAGUUUCAAAUGUUCUCACCUUUGCGUACUGGUGCAUUCAGUAGCUCCAACUUUGCUGGUUCUCAGCAUACGCCACUAGGUCAGCAAAACAUUCAUACCCCUGGCACCAGUGCAUCGGAAGGCUUGAGUAUGCAAGCAGGCUCACCAUAUGUGUCUUUUCCACAGCAACAAUCCUUGCCUGAAACCUGCACGCAAUCCCCUUCCUAUUUGCCAACUCUGCCAAUUGAGCAGCAACACUUCAUGAACGGAUUUGGUGCAGAUCCGACUGAGGAACCGGCUGCUACUUCGGAUGAACAGACUCAGCACUCAUUCCAGCCGGAAGGCUCGAGCUAUGGUUACCAACCACCAAGUUCCACAUACGAGCCAAAUGAGCCGGAUGAUGGUCCUGGGGCAGAUCAGGAAGAGCAGGAUACCAAGCCGAAAAAGAACUAUUUUAUGGACGACGACGAUGAUGAUAUCAUGGUACGCGCCGCGGCUCUUAAGAGCCAAAAGUCCGAGGCUGACCGGCAGGCUGACGAAGCGUUCCGGAAGGCUGCAGAGGACGAUGCUGCCAAAGUCGCUGCUGAAAAGCGUAGCUCUGGCUCCCGAGGAUUCUGGUUUGGUGGCUGGUUCAGUAGAAAGCAAGACUCAAAUGCACCUGUGGUCUACAAAGCUAAGUUGGGCGAGGAGUCGUCCUUUUAUUUUGACAAGCAACUCGGCCGCUGGGUUAACAAGAAGGCGGGCACUGAUGUCUCAACAUCUAUGGCUGCAACUCCCCCCCCCCCUAAAGUAGCGGGUCCGCCCUCUCGACCCGCGAGCAGCAUGAUGGCCUCUCGACCCGCACAAACACCUGCCAAGUCUGCUUCACCCGUUGGUAUGGUUAGCGGACCACCGUCGUUUGAAGGUGCACAGCCUCAGCCAUCAGCGAGUGUUCAACCACCGCAAGCCGGGCCGGUUGCCGCCUUGGUAGGAGGUCCGCCGUCGCGACCAUCAAGCAGACCAAGCACAAGCUUAAGUAACGCAAGUGAUAUCGAUGAUUUACUCGGGCCAGCAGCGCCAAGAAAAGCUGGCGCGAAGAAGGCUGGCGCGAGAAAGGGACGCUACGUCGAUGUCAUGGCGGACAAGUCGUAAGCUACAUUCAUUAUCUGCGUUGUUUUCUAUGUUUCUUUAAAAGGCCUGUACUCAUGUUUCAUUUCACGUGUCCCCCUUACAUACUCUUAUUUUUAAUCAGGAAACGCAACGUGGCGAUCUAGCUUCAUAGCCUUGCCUCGGAUUUAAUUUUUAGAUUCACGGUGCUUGUGCUAUUAGAGAGACGAUAUAUCUACUCUUUGGAUGUUAUAUUUGUGGAAUAUAUUACUUCGUAUACUUGCUCUCGAAUUGC